CAAACAAGAGCAUAGUUUUACCCUCCCCCUUACGAUAAAAACCCUAACCAAUAGCAGCAUCUCUCUCAGCCAAAACAUAGCACCCAACCAAUAAGCAAGGAGCCCAGUGGCUCCUUUCCUCCAAUCAAAUGCAAGCAAUGGGGUUGAAGGGGGCGGGACAUAGAAAGAGAAACAUCCAGCGCCUGGAAGAUUCGCACCGAACGUUCAUACACGCAGAGAACACUGCAGCGGCCAAUCAGCGGCCUCGGGAAGCGUGGAAUAGAACGUUGAGACACCGCCGGCUUCCCCCGCUGCCCACCCCGAUUUUCUCCACAUGCUCCUCCCCUGGAUGCUGUUGUUUGUGGUGUUUUAGCUGCCGAGGAGCUACGAGAGGGGCGGGAGGGGGAUAUCAACAUACCCUUGUUCGUGCCGAUUGAAGCAGGAGGGGGAGGCCGAGGGGGCGAUUCAUCGGCUCUGAAGCUUCGGAUACACAGAAGCGGCUUGGGAGUUUUGGGGAGGAAGAGGAGAAGAAGGGAUCCUUUGUGGAUUUUCCCCUAACCCGGAACACUCACGCAUACCGCCGGCGCCGUGUUUGGCUCUCCUCCUCCUCCCUCCCUCCCUUGUUGUGGUUUCGUUUCUCUCGCCAUGUCGGUGAAUAUGGAGGAGCUUCGGCAUCAGGUCAUGAUCAACCAGUUCGUGCUGGCUGCGGGCUGUGCGGCGGAUCAAGCAAAGCAGCUGCUGCAGGCGGCACACUGGCAGUUCGAGACUGCUUUGAGUGCUUUUUUUCAAGAAACCAACAUUCCUAACACCCACCACCACCAUCAAAUGAUGUGCACACCCAGCAAUACUCCAGCCACGCCUCCCAACUUCCCAGACGCCCUUGCCAUGUUUUCCAAGCUGCGGACUUCAGAGAACCUUCAGAGCAGCAACAGCCCUAUCACAUCCAUGGCUUGCUCUCCUCCGGGUAGCUUCAGCCCCUACUGGGCUUCUUCGCCUCCAAACCACCAACCUGCCUGGAUCCCUCCUUCGUCACCCACCAGUCACAACCUCCACCACCACCUCCACCACCAGCAGCCCAUGUGGCCUCCUGUGUCUCAGCAAGGGCCCCCCCAGCAGAAAGCCAUGGCAGCAAUGGAUGGCCAGAGAUAAGACUUAAUGUUUUUGGAAUGGGGGGGGGGAGAAGUUGAUAGGGUGGCGGGGGCAGUAAAGAGGGUGUGGCAAAUCCAAGGGGGCACAGGGAAAUGGGGUGGGGGUAUUUUUUUCCCCCCUGAAGAUCGCACUGGAAUAUUUUAUAGUGUUUUUUUUUUUUAAAGAAAAGAAACUGAUGAGAUGUCGUCAUCAGCCCAAACCCCAUGUUCCUUUCCCCCGCACCCACCUUCCUUCUCUUCCCUUAUCCACUCUUCAGGAGAGUUAAUAACUGAUCUUUU